GUAAAAGAAAUAGUUAAAAAUUAGAAAAGAAUUAUAAUUUUUGUGUAAUGUUGCCGAAAACACCAAAACCAGCAGUGUGGAAAUUUAUUAAAAGUAGUGCAAAAACUCUUUUUAUAUUUGAAGCCGUUUGCUUUGCUGCCUCCUACGCCGUUUAUUAUCGUAUGAACACGAAUCGAGAUUUCCGUUAUUACAUCAACGAAAAUUUUCCAUUUGCGCUCGACUAUUUUUAUAAACUUGGUGAAUUUUUGGGGGAAAGCAACUUACGUCAAAUUGAUUCUUCUGUCUGGAAAAGUGAAACCAAGAAAUUGGGUGAACAUCAAAAAGGGGAAUAAAUAAAGAAACACAAGACCAGUCACCAGGUAGAUCAUCAACUCGAGAUUCCAAAACGAUCUAUAUUAAAACCUAUAUAUAUUACUCCUAUUUAUAAAUGGCAGGAAGCCCAUACGUUAAAUCCUUAUUUUGGUUAGCAGCUUUUGGUGGCAUUGGAUACGGACUACUUAUUGCAACCACACCAUCUGGUGAGAAGUUAGAACGUAUCAAAUCAUCAUCUUCGCAAUCUUUUCCAACAGUUGAAAACAAAAAUAAGCAAUUGUUUAUGGAUCAACUGAAAAAAUCAGCUAAUGUGACAGAUGAAAUUGAAGAUCCUACU